GUCAGUUAUGCUGGCUGCCUUCAUUCCUGGUACCCUCCACUGUCUCUCCCCCAGUCCUGCUGCGGCCGCUCCGUAGCCCAGGCCCCAGGAAUGGUCCCUGUGGCAGCAGCUGGUGUCAUUUCAAGAGGUAGCGACAUCUGAGGAGAUGACCAAAGAUUGGAACUGUUUGAAAGGUCUGCUGCAGGGACACAAUGCUGGACAGUUACGAGAACGUGGUCCCUCAGGGCUCCUUCUUACAGUUCUCCACGAUGCCCCAGAAAGCUGGAAAUGACCCCCCUGGUGUUUCCACUACAAGUGAUCUGGAAAUGGAGAUAUAUAACAUGAGAGAAAAGUUUCUUAAAAGCGUGACAAAGUUAGUAGAAAGCAAAAGUUACAAUAGCAAGGUAUUUUCCAAAGAAAAGUACUUUCAAACGAUAAAGGAAGUCAAAGAAGCUAAGGAAAAGGGGAAGAAGUCCUCGCGUGACUACCGCCGUGCAGCAAAAUACGACGUGAUCUCUGUGCAAGGCACAGAGAAACUGAUAGAGGCGACCCAUGGAGAACGGGAUCGAAUUCGGUAUUACGUGCAUAAGGAAGAGUUGUUUGAUAUUCUCCAUGAUACGCAUCUCAAUAUUGGGCACGGCGGGCGGACACGCAUGCUCAAAGAGCUACAAGGAAAAUAUGGGAAUGUCACCAAAGAGGUCAUUGUCUUGUAUCUGACACUCUGUAAACAGUGCCACCAGAAGAACCCGGUACCCAAGAGAGGUCUUGCCCCCAGGCCCAUGGCUUUUAAGGACACUGACUCCAGAUGCCAAGUUGAAGUACUUGACAUGCAGUCAAAUGCCGAUGGUGAGUUCAAGUUUAUUUUAUAUUACCAGGACCACUUGACCAAGUUUAUUAUUUUACGGCCGUUAAAAGCGAAGCAGGCCCAUGAGGUGGUCAGUGUCCUAUUGGACAUUUUCACGAUUCUUGGUACACCUAGCGUGUUAGACUCUGGCAGUGGCUUGGAGUUCACAAACCAGGUUGUUCAUGAGCUCAAUGAAGUAUGGCCGGACCUAAAGAUGGUCUGUGGUAAGCAGCACCCUGGCCAGGGCCCGGGCUCCCUGGAGCAAGCCAGCCAUGACGUCAAGAACAUGAUAAAUGCCUGGAUGCAGAGUAACCACUCACGUCGCUGGGCCGAAGGCCUGAGAUUCAUGCAGAUGGUGAGGAAUCAGCUGUUUGACAUGUCCCUGCAGCGAAGUCCAUAUGAAGCAAUGUUUGGUUUUAAGGCUAAACUCGGGCUGUAUUCCUCAGACUUACCCCGAGAAACUGUGGCUGUCUUACAAACAGAGGAGGACCUGGAAAUUGCCGAAGAACAGCUAGAAAGUAGCCUUUGGAUCAGGCAGGAAGAAAGGGCUGAGGUUGGAGCAGACAGAUCUGAUAUGGAUGAGGACCUCAAUCCCUCCGCUCCGGAAGCUGCAGAGCCCAGCACCUCACAGGGGGCCCUCUUCUGCUGGUGACCAGGCCAUCUGAGAAAUGCUGCCAAAUUCCCUGGGGAAAGGAACGUGAAGGCUGGACUCUCCCAUCGGUCAAAUUGUCCAUGGCAGUCCUUGCUCAAAGGGGAAAAACGGGUCGGGUCUGUGACCUGGGGCCACCAUGACAAACAACCACAACCUUGGCAGCCUAGAAUAGCAGGAAUUUAUUCUCUCAUCGUUCUGGGGGCCAAAAGUUCAGAAUCAGGGUGUCAGCAGGGUUUGCUCCUUCUGGGGGCCCUGAGGAAGAGUCCAUCCCAUGCCCCUCUCCUUCCUCUGGUGGUUGCUGGCAAUCCUUGGCUUGUACAAGUCCAGUCUCUGCCUCGUCUUUCUGUGGGUCUCCACGUGGCCUUCUCCCCUCUGUCUCAGUGUGUGUUCUCCUUUUCCAUCUCUUAGAAGGACACUAUUGGAUACCAAAUCCAUGUCUUUGAGUUUAAGGCCCACCCCAGUCGAGGAUGAUCUCAUCUCGAAAGCCUCCCCUUAAUUAUAUUUGCAGAGACCCUUUUUCCAAGUGAGGUCAGAUACACAAGUAUUGGGGGUUUGGCCCUGGGCAUAUCUUUCUGGGGGACAGAGUUCUACCAACUACCGUCAGAAGAAGGGUGUAUUUGCCUGCAGAAUAUGAACUGAUGGGGUCUUAAGUGUAUAGAGCUGGUGGUGGUGCCCUCCAUAUAUCUCCCACGCAUUCCUUCUCCUGCCAAAUCCUGCUCCUCAGACAAUACCCCCAAAAUUGGGAGCAUCAGAGAAGAUGUAGAUGAAGGACAAGUAACAAGAAAAGAGGUUGGUCCAGCAUACCCUGGAGACUGGCCACCUCGGCACCUGCACUCUAUUUCCGGCUUCAAGAAAAACCAUAGGUGCCAUCCCUGCUCUCAGAACGGCACGCUUAGGGAAUGGUGUGACCUGCC